GGCGCGGCGAAUCUCCCGGACAUUGGGGACUGGCACCCAAGCCCGGUUUAGGCUGAGACUGCUGUUCGGGCCAAAAGAUUAAUUUUUAUUGUGGGCAGGCAAUUCACCCGACGUCUGUCCCCCCUCGGGCCCCAGCACCUGCGGCCGGAUAGGCGAUGUAUUCUAGAACACACGGGAGCGGCUUCCCGCGCUGUGAUGGAAGCAGACCACGAUCCGGUGGCGAUGGCAGGAUUUUCAGCAAAAGCAAAGACCAGAAAAACAGGGGCUAGGGUUGAUCCAGAGCCCCGGUUCAAGGAUCCAGAGCCUCGGUUCAAAGAUCCAGAGCCCCGGUUCAAGGAUCCCACGAGAUGGCCUCGACUGCUCUACUGCGGGUGGCGAAAGGCAAGCAGCGUAGUGGGUUGGCAACACGUCAAAAUGUGGGCUCAUCGCGUCCGACAGACUAUUGAACGUAAUAAUUAGUCCGCCCCAAGGGUCUGCGGCGUGUACAGGCAGUAGUAAUCUAUGGGCACAUA